AUGUCUCUAAGAGUUUGGCUCCUCCUGGUGGUGGUAGUGCCUGUUACAUUAGGCACUAAUCCUGGAGUCAAGGUUAGGCUGACACAAAAGGGCCUUGAAUAUGGCAGGCAACUGGGCAUUUCUUCAAUUCAGCAGAAACUCAGGACAAUUAAAGUCCCAGACAUUUCAGGGAAGCAGAAAGUGUCACCUAUUGGCAAAGUGGAAUACAGCUUGUCCAAUAUGAAUAUAGUGGAUGUGGGUUUGCCCAAGUCUGCAGUGACCCCUGUGGCAGGCACUGGCAUUAAACUGUCGAUUGGUGACGCCUUCAUCCACCUGCAUGGAAACUGGAGGGUCAAAUAUUUGAGAGUCAUAAAAGACAGUGGCUCAUUUGACCUGAGUGUGAACGCCCUUGCCAUCAGCACGAGCAUUGCCAUCCACAGUGAUGAGACAGGCCGACCCACGGUCAGCAGCGUCAGCUGUGAAGCCCACGUUGGCAGCGUCAGCGUUAAAUUCCACGGUGGAGCCAGCUGGCUGUACAACCUUUUCACAAACUUCAUUGAUAAAGCAUUGAGAAACACUCUGGAGAAACAGAUCUGCCCUCUGGUGGCUGAUGCAGUAUCUGACAUGAACCCUCAUUUAAAAACACUAAAUGUCAUAGCCAAGGUGGACAAGUACACAGAAAUUGAAUAUUCAAUGGUGACGUCACCUACGGUUUCAGAGUCUUCCAUCGACUUAAGCUUGAAGGGUGAGUUUUACAGCAUUGGGAAGCAUCAGGAGGCUCCGUUUUCCCCUGUUGCCUUCUUCCUACCACCCCAGGCAAACAACAUGUUGUACUUUGGCAUAUCUGCCUACACACCAAACACUGCAGCCUUCGCCUACAACAGCGCCGGAGCCCUGAGUCUGUACAUCACUGAUGACAUGAUCCCACAGAGUUCACCCAUCAGACUUAACACCAAGACAUUUGGAACCUUCAUCCCUCAGAUUGCCAAACGUUACCCUGGCCUGAUGAUGAAACUCCUGCUACAGACGAUAAAAACUCCAAACAUCAGCUUUCAACCCAACAACGUGACCAUUCAGGCCAGUGCUACUGUCACUGCUUAUGCCAUCCAGCCCAACACCACACUGACUCCCCUCUUUGUCCUUAACUUGGUGGGUUUACACAGCAUCAUGAACACUAGUGUCAGCGGGAAAAUGUUCGUCAGUGAAAUGAGGCUGGCUGGAGCCGUCACCCUCAACGAAAUGGAUCUGACCCUGAGAACCAGUUACAUCGGAGACUUUCAGGUCAGAUCUCUGGACAACAUUCUGCAAUUGGUCCUCAAAGUGGUAGUGAUACCUAAACUCAACGGUGAGUAA